GCCCCUUCCUAUCAGGGCAGGAUGGGAGUGAAAAGGACCGAGGCGCCCUUUCUCCCGCGCAGAGGAGGAGUCGCCUGGCUGGGCUGAAAUGAAGGCAAGGGACUUGCCUUGCUUGGGCUAUGCGUGCGAAGGGACUGUGGACUGACAGAGUGACUCCCAUUGAUGUGAAUGAAACAUGUUCUGCCCCUCUGGGAUGCCUUAGGUGAUGCCCAGCAAUACUGCAAUGGCAAUUGGGGCUCUCUCUAGUUCCCUUCUUGUGACCUGCUGCCUGAUGGUUGCUCUCUGUAGCUCCACUGCACCUCUGCAAAAACUGACCAAGGCUCAAGAUAAGCAGGAAAUAAAAGCAAGCCAAGAAAAGAGAGAUCACACAUCAGCCCGGGAGAGCCAAAAUCAGACUGGACCAGGGAAAAUGAAUGAAAUGGGCAGAAAUGGGAGGGAGGAAGGCACCAGAGAGUGGAAGAGCAAAGGCAACAGAAAUUAUUCUAAUAAAGAAUCUUGGACUAAGCAGAAACAAGCUUUGAGUAGCCAGGCAACGAGCAGUAAGUUUGGGAGCCUCCAAGCCCAAGAUCAAACUGAUGCACUUCAGGAGGAACUUCCAGCUGCUGAAGAUUCGUCUCUCUUGGAUGUUGUUGCUAGUACUACCCCUGAACCUCCAGAGGAAUAUGCUUAUCCAGACUACCGUGGAAAAGGCUGUGUGGAUGAAAGUGGUUUUGUUUAUGCGAUUGGGGAAAAAUUUACUCCAGGUCCCUCUGCAUGCCCUUGCCUUUGCACUGAAGAGGGCCCUCUUUGCAUUCAGCCAGAGUGCCCUAGACUCCACCCUCGCUGUAUUCAUGUAGACACUAGUCAGUGUUGUCCACUGUGCAAAGAAAGGAAAAAUUACUGUGAGUUCCGCGGGAAAAUCUACCAGACAUUGGAAGAAUUCAUGGUUUCACCUUGUGAGAAAUGCCGCUGUGAAGCCAAUGGUGAAGUAGUAUGCACAGUGUCUGCUUGUCCUCAAACUGAGUGUGUGGACCCUGUAUAUGAACCAGAUCAGUGCUGUCCCAUCUGCAAAAAUGGCCCCAACUGCUUUGCAGAGACUACAGUUAUUCCAGCAGGCCGAGAAGUGAAGACUGAUGAAUGCACUAUAUGUCACUGUACCUAUGAAGAAGUUACUUGGCGAAUUGAACGACAAGCUAUGUGUACCAGACAUGAAUGCAAGCAAAUCUAGAUCUAUGAAUCCAAUGACUCAAGAUGUUUUUAUAAAAUAUUUCCAUGCACAGGAUGAUCUUUAGGAAAACAAGAAUCAACUUCAAAGGAAAAAUUGUUUUGGUUGAGGACAAAGUAGCCUACAGAUACUUUCUUUUUCCACAGUAUAUUCUGAGUCAAAGAAGGUUUGGAUUAAAAGGUUUACGUCUUAUUAAAUGUAUUAUAUUUCCAAGGUGAGUACUUUAAAGUACACUCAAAGAUUAUAUUAUUUCUAAAAUCCCAUUAUAGAGUUUAAAAUAAAUGUUUUAUAGAGAUUAUACAGAUUAAAAUAUUAUGAAUGGUCGACUGUCUUCUUGCAUACCUGGUCAUGUCUAAAAUAAAUACAGUUUUAUGAUAUAAGAUAUUUUUGUGGUGCAACAAAAGUAGACAUGGAAAGGAUAAGUCUGAAAAUUACAGAUAGUUGUAGAAGGCCUAUUUUUAAAAAAACACAUCUUACAAGGCAUGAAAUGCUGACCUAUUAAAUCCAAAGGGGCAUUUGUUGUUGACUAUAGUGAGGUGAAGAUUGUGUGAAACAUGUGCAAACUACGAACAAGGUUCUCUUUUCUUGGAUGUGGAAGAAUAUUGAUUACACCGGCAUGAAUGUAUUAUAGGAAGCAUUGGGUUACUCUGUGACCUGCUUGAUAUCUUGAUUAUUUUUUUAUUUUAUAGUAUAAAACAGAUUCAUCUCCCAUCACUAGUCUUGAAAGAUUAUUAUUUGUCAAUUCGUAGUGGCUAAGCAUUAAUAGGUGUGAAUAAAAACAUAACUUGUGCUGCUCUCUACUUUAACUUUAAUUGAAAUUAAAUAGAUUUCCUGGUAUGCAAGUCGUGAAAGAUAAAACCCAUCCUUCCAAAUUAUAUAAUUUUAUAAUACAGGACAUUCCCACUAAUAAUGUAAAUUAUCCCUGGAAGGUUAGGUUGCCAGUUAUUG